AAUAAAGUUAUUAGACCGACGAUUAAAUUGAUCAUUUUGGAGCUUAAAAUUGAGAAGAAAUGGUGAAAGAAAUGGCAGUUCUAAAAGUAUGUUUUUAUUUUCUGCUUAUAAUCCCCCUCGCCGGAGCUGAUGUGCCCCCUUGUGCUAACACGGAAGGAGAGGCCGUGUAUCGUGGUCGUAAUCGGUGGACGUUGCCUGACCCCUUACUGGCUUAUAACAACACCGACAUGCACAUUUGUUCCGUUUUCUGUCGAAAAAACACUCAGUGCAAGUCGUUCGCGUUCGCAGACGGAACCUGUAGUCUGUAUACAAUCCAGGUGGCCAAAAAUACACGACGACUUGUACGAGACGAGUCUUCGGUUCACUUUGAUAGCCUGCCAAUACCGAACCGAUCACCAGGAAAGAGUUAUUUUGGAGCAUGUUCUAAUGGCAGUUUGUGUCAACAUGGAUCAAUUUGUGAGAAUGAUUGUACUGAUCGGGGAUACAGUUGUGUAUGCGCUAAAGGUUUUCGAGGUAUUAACUGUGAGCAUGGAAUAUUGGAUAAAUUGUCUUUAAAAGCCACUAUCUCAGUUGAAAAUCCUGGAGUCAUAGGACAUUUUCAUUUCAAUGGAAACGUAUACAUAGUUGUUUCUAGAGAAGGAGGAUCAUCCAUGGGGACACUUAUGUUUAGAUACAACGUGGAGACAGCAACACCUGAGGAGAUACAAUUCAUUGCUCAAGACUUAAUUUAUCGUAACACUGUUUUUACGAAAGGGGAAGACAUUUAUGUUUCUAUGGGAUUAAAAUACUCCGAAUCAGAACAAAUUAAAACCUACAAAUUUAACGGAGAUACAGAACAACUAGAGGAAUUAAUUGACAAGGUAUGUGGGAGAUGUACAGCAGCCUUUCUUCUGGACAGUAGAGGGGAUGCAAGCUGGUUUAAUGCUCGGUAUAAAAACCCUGAUAGGGCGACAGAUUCACGUGUGUAUUCAUUUACAGGAACUCACUUUGAUGUUCAAUAUACUCAGGAUAUAUUAACAAAAGGAGUUGAUUGUUCCCACAUGUUCGAGAUGGACGGUUACAAUGUGUUAGUGGCAGGAAACACCAAGAGCGACAACGGCAAUCUUAUAAACACAAAAAUUUAUCUACAACCUCAUGAUUAUGGACGACCAAAAACAGCAUCAGUGUUUGCAAUUUUCAUUUUGACUGAUGGUAAAUUAUCAUUUCUAUUUUCUUCAGAUGUUUCAUUGUAAAUUGAUUUAGAACUUUGUUCCAAAAUAAAUAUAGUGGUG